GAGACACAAACCUACAAAGUAAAACAGGAAACUCACAGACUGUUUUACACAACCAACAGGGGACACGAAAAGGAGAGGCACAGCUGCCCCUCGAGGACCACUCAGGAGGUACGAGCAGCGGUGGGAGAAGCCACAGUAACGGCGAUCCAACCAACAUGGCCCCCUCGGCUCGGCCAAACGGCCUCGGACUUGAUGUGAAAGAUGAAGAUGAGUCCUACUGCGGGAAACAGAAAGCGGAUAGAAAGACGAGGAAACCUCUGGUGGAGAAGAAGAGGCGAGCUCGCAUCAACGAGAGUUUGCAGGAGCUGCGGACUUUGCUGGCAGACACAGACUUUCAUUCCAAGAUGGAGAACGCAGAGGUGCUGGAGCUGACCGUGAAAAAGGUGGAGGAUAUACUGAAGAACCGGAAGCAAGAGGCAGAGACACUAAACCGAGAAGCCAACGAGCGGUUUGCAGCUGGUUACAUCCAGUGCAUGCACGAGGUCCACAUGUUUGUGUCCAGCUGUCCUGGGAUAGAUGCGACGGUGGCGGCUGAGCUCCUCAACCAUCUCCUGGAGUGCAUGCCCCUCAAUGAGGACCACCUCCAGGACAUGCUGACGGAUCUAAUCACGGACACUUCUGAGGGCAACAGCAGCAGCAGCAGCAGCACUUGGCACGGAGGCAGCGAGGCGCUCUGCGCUUCUCUCGCUUCUCCUGGUGAACGAAGUUUCUCCUGUGGGUCAUCUUCUGCCCUCUCCCCGGCCCCUUCCUCCAUGUCCAGUGAAGACUUGUGCUCUGACUUGGAUGAGACUGACAGUGAUCACAACCAGAGCUCUACAGAGGGCAUGGAGAACAGGGAGCCUCCCAGCAUGCCCACCAUGACCUACCCCCGGUCUAUGUGGAGACCUUGGUAGAGUAGUGGUGGUAGUUUGGAUGGAACACAGUUGGGAUGUGUUGAAAAGGGGAUUAUGGGCUUUCAUUUUUAUGGUGUGACACAGCACGUCCCACUGAAAGAGAAAAUUCCACCCUACAAUACAAGAGGAUUUUGUGGCUGUACCAGUUUUGGCCUCCUGUAAGACCAGCUAAGAAGGCUGACUACAUGCAUGGAUUUUUUUCUUAGGCCUCCUGAACUCAUGGCACUGAUGUCCAAUAAUUAAAGUGUGUUCUAUAAGAGACCAACUGAGGCAUCAACAAAAGCCUCAGCUGUUCACUCUGCAGUGAUUCUGAAUACCGGCGUACAGAUGGAUUUUCUUCACAGUCACAGAUGAAUACAAGUUUACAGAGAUUUCCCCCAAUUCUUGGAAAUGUUUGGAAUCAGAAAAUGUAAGAGAACAUUUCAUCAGAAGUCAUUCCUGGAGUACUUUGGACAUUUAUAUAUAUUUAAAAUUAAAAGUGGAUUCUCCUUUAUGCCAUCAGAGGGAUCUGCUACUCUCGGGUCCCUUUCAGCUGGAGGAUCAGAAAAAUAGCCCUCCUUUUCUUUUCAGUAGUAACACCCUGGCUUUGAGUCCUCUUGUGACUUCUCUUUACACCUGGAGAAACAAAAAGCAAUCCCUCUCAACACACUCACCGCCCGACAAAGCACAGAAAAGGCAACAGUGCAGGACUCUCCCUCUUGUUUGGUCUAUACUUCAGUGUAAA